AUGGAGUUUCAAAGAAAUCUACCAAUGCCGACAAUUGAUUAUGCAGAUUUUCUUACGAAGGCACCUCAACUUCAAUCAUUAACAUUAAUUAUUUCAGUUUUAAUAAAAUUAACAGAUUCAUUUAAGAAUAAGACUAUAUAUACUUCAAAGUAUAAUCUACGACAUAAUAGUAGUAAAAUAAUGGAAGCUGAUCCAGAUGAACUUUUGGCUUGGCUUAAAGGAGAUGGAAGUAGUGAACGUGAUCUUCAAAUGAUUGCACUUGAGCAAUUAUGUAUGCUAGUCUUAAUGAGUGAUAAUAUUGAUCGAUGUUUUGAACAGUAUAAACCUCAACUUUUCCUUCCAGCUCUCUGUGAUAUAUUCAAUGAUCCAUUAGUUCCAACACAUAUUCUUGAAGUAACAGCACGUGCAUUAACAUAUUUUCUUGAUGUAUCUGUUGAUUGUGCAAAAAAAAUUACUUCACAUUCAACAGUUAUACGUUCAAUGUGUAAUUGUUUACAAGUUGUUGAUAUUGAAGAUCGUACAAAUAAAGAUUUAGCUGAACAAAUAAUAAAAGUAUUUGAACGUUUAUGUUUACGAGAAGCAUCAAGUAUAUAUGAACAAGAUGGUCUUCGUUAUGUAAUUGAAUUUAUUAAUAAUUGUUAUUCUGUUAUACAUAAAGAUUCCUUACAAUCAGCUUUAAAUGUUGUUGUUAAAUUAAUUGGAAAAAUAGAUCCACAAAAUUCUUCAACACUUGAUCAAACAAUUGAAUCAUUAUCAAAUUUACUUUUACAUGAUGAUCCAUUUGUAGCUGAUAAUGCAUUGAGAUGUUUUGCAACAUUAGCUGAUAGAUUUUCAAGAAAAAAUGUUGAUCCUGAACCAUUAAUGCGUUAUUGUCUAAAAGAUGUUCUUCUUAGAUCAUUACAUCAUGUGUCAAAAACAUCAACAGAUGCAACAGGAACACAUAGUGUAUCGAAUGUACGUGGUAUUAUAACAAAUCUUUCAGUUGUUACAGGUUUAUUAUCGACACUUUGUCGUGGUAGUGCAAAAGUAACAUAUGAUUUACUUCGUUCGGAUCUUCCAGAUGCACUUGAAUCAGCUUUAUGUAAUGGGGAUGAACGAUGCGUUUUGGAUAUAAUGCGAUUUCUUGAUUUGCUUAUUGGGUUACUCUUCGAAGGACGUCAAACACUUGUUCGUUCUGGAAAUAUUUCACGUACAACAAAUCCUUCAAUUCCAACAAAUGAAUCAUUACAAAGUUCAUCAUCAACAUCAACUACAAAUACAACACCAUCUGAUCGUUCACAACAACAAAUAAUUGAAUAUAUUCGUUCACGUGAUGUUCAAGCAUUUAUAAAUUAUAUUGAAGAAAAUAAUAUUGAUAUUAAUUAUACUGAUCAUGUUGGUCAAACAAUGCUUAAUUGGGUAUCAGCAUUUGGUACACGUGAAAUGGUUGAAUAUUUAUGUCGACAUGGUGCUGAUGUUAAUCGUGGUCAACGUUCAUCAUCAUUACAUUAUGCUGCUUGUUUUGGACGUCCACCAAUUGUUCGUAUAUUAUUAAAAUAUGGUGCUAAUAUUGAUUUACGCGAUGAAGAUGGUCGAACAGCAUUAGAUAAAGCACGUGAAAGACAAGAUGAUAGUCAUCAAGAAGUUAUUGAUAUACUUCAAUCAUCACAUGAAUGGAAUGAUACAAAACAAUCAUCAAUAAAUAAUUCAAUAACAGAACAAACAAAAGAUAAUAUUGAAAUACAACUAAUUUAUUUAGAACGUUUAUUAGUAAUAUUUUGUCAAUUAUAUCAAAAUACAAUGAUAUUAACAAUAAAACGUUGUACAUUACGUUUAAUAUCAAAAUUAUUACAAUAUUCAACAAUUGAACAAAUACAAAAAUUAAAUAUAUUAACAAAUGUAUUUGAAUUAUUAUCAACAAUAAUAAAUACAAAUGAAGAUGAUGAUGAUACAUCAAAUCUUGUUUUAUUAAUAAUUAAAAAUUUAUUUGAAAAAGAUCGAUAUUUAUUUCUUGAACAAUUUCAAUAUUUAGGUUUAAUAUCGAAAAUAACAACAUUAGCAUUAUCACAUGAUAUUAAAAAUGAUAAUUCUCAACAAUUAUUAAAUAUAAAUAUUAUAUCUAUUGAUACAAAAGAUAUACUUUGUUAUAGACCAUAUGUAUGGAAUGAAUAUAAUUUUUUACGUAAUCGCGAAUGUUUAUAUGUAUGGAAUAAUUUUAUUGUUAUUGAAUUAUCAAUGGGUUCAAAUGGUUGGUUUAGAUAUUUUGCUAAUAAUUCUUUAUCAACAAUGUAUUCAUCAGGUUCAUAUAUAUAUAUUUAUUUAUUUAGUUUUUUCUCUUUUGUAUUCAUUUUAAAUAAUUCUUUUUUCGUAGGAAGUCCUGAAACAAAUAUUGAUACAGAUGAAAAUCGUCAUGAAUUUAUUGAAAAAUUUCAACGAUUAAAACAACAAGUUCUUGAUGGUAUUGGACAAGAAAAAGAUACUGAAAAACAAAAUAUGAUUAUUGCAAGAACUAUUUUUACAUCAGAUACUUCCAAUGAACGAAUAAUUACUAUUGGAAAUUGGACAAUUCAAUGUAAUGGACCUACACAAAUUCAAAUUCAUAAUAUUGAAGGCGAACAGGCAACUAUUCUUGAACAUGGUCAAUCAGGUUUUAUAUUUGAAUCAAAUCGUCAUACACGUCAUAAACAUGAAGUUGAUAUACCAUUAAAUAAUGAUUUUUCUAUCCCAUGGUCAACAAUUGAAACAUUAACAUCAUCAAAUAAUUCAACAACAGUUAGAGUUAAUAAAAAUAAACAAGAUCAAACAAAACAACGUACAAGUGAAAUAGCAUUAUUUAUUUAUAAUGAAUAUUUAAAAAAUUGUUCACCAACAAAUUAUACACGUUCAAUAUUAAUUGAAUUUAAAACACUUGUUAAUGAUAUAAAUAAUGAAUUAAAUUUAAAUUCAAAUGAUAAUUUAAAAAAUUUAUUUGAAACAUUAAAACAAUAUAUUAUUGAAAAAACAAAUUUAUCUAUAUAUGAAUUAUCAUCAUCAGGUUUAGUUUCUGUUUUAUUAAAAAUUUUUCAAGAUAUAUCUUAUCAAAAUAAUCAUUUAACAUCAAAUGAUAAUAUGUAUGAACGUGCAAAAUUAUUUUGUUCAAUAUUUCUUUUUGAUGAACAAUUACAAGCAUUUCAAAUUCUUAUACGUAAACUUAUAUUAAUAUUAGAAUCAAUUGAAAAACUACCAUUAUUUUUAUAUGAUGCACCAUUUAAUUAUGGUUUACAAAUAUUUUCAAAACGUUUUCGUUUUCAAAUACAAUAUAAAAAUGAACAACAAUUAUUUACUGAUAGAACUGGAAAAUCAUUAAAAAUUGAACCAUUAACGACAGUAGGACAAUUAAAAACAUUUCUUGCAUCAAUGGUUUCAAAACAAUGGUACGAUCAUCCUCAUAGUCAUCUUGAAUUUGUUAAACAAUUAAAAUCAGAUAAUCGACAAAUAUUUACUUAUACAAAUGAGUUUGAUCAAAAUGGAAUUUUAUAUUGGAUUGGUACUAAUGGUAAAACUGUAUCCGAUUAUACAAAUCCAUGUUCAACUGGACUUAUUUCAGUUAGUUGUUCUGAUAAUAAUUAUUCAUCUCAACAAUUAUCUGAUUUAAUUUCACAUAUAUCAUCAAUAGAUGAUCAAGAAGAUAAUGAAGAUAUAAAUCGUAAUUUAAGUUGGAUUAUAAUUGAUUUAGGUUUAUUUAUUAUUCCAACACAUUUUACAUUAAGACAUCCAACAGGUGGUUUUACUAAUUGGACAAAAAAUUUUCUAUUUCAAAUAUCAAAAGAUACGAUACAUUUUCUACCAUGUGAAACAUCAUUAGUUAAUGAUAGUAAUUCACCAACAGCAACAUGGAUAGUUAAAAAUUUAGCUGAAAAUUCAACAGGUUUUCGUUAUAUACGUAUUCAUCAAAAAUCUUCUCGUCAUUCAGUUUGUAUUUCUGGAUUUGAAGUUUAUGGACAAGUACUAUCCGCUGUUGAUAUUCGUUCAAAAACUGAAUUGACUCGUUCUCGUUCAACUCGUGAUGAUACUCGAAAUCGAUCAACAAAUUCUCGAGAAAAACCAUCUUAUAGUCAUUCUUAUUCGACAUCAUCUGCUAGUACACGUACAAGUAAAAUGCAAUCACAUAUUCUUCGACGUUUAGCAAGUAUGAGUACAUCAAAUACUUCGAAUAGAUCAAAUGAUUCGACAAAUGAUAAUCGAUCUGAACAAUCAACACUAAGUCAAAUUUUAAUUGAUCUUUCAUCAAUUCCAACAGAUUUAUCAAGUGUUCUUGAAUCAAAUGAUCCCGAACGUUUACGAUUAGCCAUUGAAGAAGCUCUUACACAUUUAACUAGUGAUAAAACAUUAAAUGAAAAUACAAAUUUACUUAAUUUAAUUUCACAACGUAAAAGUAUUUCAACACCAGAUAUAAGUAAUGGUGAAAUAACAUUUUCAGUUUCAACAACUGAACAAGCAUCAAGUGCUGAUAAUCUUUUUCCAUCCUCUAAUGUUACAGAUCAUGUUCUUGAUCUUAUGGAAGGACUUUCUGAUCAAAUAUCUCAACAACACGAUGUUCUUGUUGAAAAAACACAAACUCAAUCGAAAACAUCACUUGGUUCAUCAACAUUAUCAGAAUGUGAUCUUAUACCAAUGCAUUCAGAUACAACAAAUACUAAUAGUCGAUUGGAACUUGAAGAAUUUCAUGAUGAAAUACUUAUUGUUUCAAAAGAUGAAGCAAAUAAUAAUUCUUCAACAAGUCAAUUAACACAAUCGAUGAGUAAUAAUACUACAGAAUCAAUAGAACUUCUAUGUGCUGCUACCGAAGAAAACAAUAAGAAAAAUGCCACCAAUGAAUGUUCUGAGCAACGAAUUUCAUUAUCAGAAAAUGAUACGAAUUCAAGUGUUCCAAAUAUUUCAUCAUUAAAUAUUUUAACAACAUCAUCAACAGCAAUAAAUAUAGCUGAUAUACCAAUUAUUGAUGAUGAAACAAUUCGAAUUGAAGAAUCAGCAAAUUUAUCUGAUCAACAACGAAAACAAACUGAAGAAACAACAACAACAGAUGAUGAAGAUGAUGAACAAACAUUAUUAAAAUGUCUUAAAUUAACUAGUGAACAAAUCGAAGCACCUGUUGAAGAAGAUGAAGAUGAAGAUGAAGACGAAGAACAACAAGAUGAAGAAGAAGAAGAAUAUAAUGAAGAAUUACAAGAACAACUUCAUGGUCAACAACAAGAAAUAACACAUCGAAAUUGGGAUGAUGAUUUUGUUUUAAAAAGACAACUUUCUGUUUUACUUCCAGCAUUUGAUGGUCGACCAGGUCGAACAAAUAUUAAUGCAACACAAGAUAUUCCUGUACCAACAACAAUGGCACCAAAAGAAGAAACUUCAACUAAACGAAGAUCAAAUGCAGAUGCAUUAACUGCUGCUAAUAUGACAUUAUAUAUUCGAGGACCAUCACCAACUAUAACAGGAUUAAAAGAUACUGAUAUUGAAAUGGAUGAUCCCGAUGCAACGAUUUUUAAAUAUGUUCAACAAUUAAUUAAUCCAUUUCCAUCGUCACAACGAAAUGAACGUAUUAAACGAAUUUUUGAACCUACAUAUACAAUUAUUUAUACGGAAAAAUCUCAUGAACAAUCAAAAUCAAAUACAACUCAAUUGAAAGAUGAAAAUAUUUUUAAUUCAUCGAAUGAUCCACAAGAUAUUUGUAUAAUCGAAGAUAUUCUUAAAUUACUUCGUCAAUUAUAUUAUUUAUCUACAAAUUAUAUUCAAACAAAUCCACAUUUGAAUGAAAAUUUUUCAAUUGAUAAUUAUUUUUAUUCCAAAAAAUUAAAUAAUAAAUUAUUACAACAAAUACAAGAUUCAAUUCUUAUAGCAUCAUCAAGUUUACCAUCAUGGACAUCAUGGUUAAUACAUUCCUAUAAAUUUUUAUAUCCAUUUGAAACACGUCAAUUAUAUUUUCGUACAACAAGUUUUGGUACAUCACGUUCUAUAGUAUGGUUACAAGAACGACGUGAAGAAUUAGUACGUACAAUACGUAAUACAAAUCAUUCACGUUCACGUUUAUUAAAUGAAAAUUCUCUACAUGAUUUUCGUUUUGGUCGUUUAAAAAUUGAUCGUGCUGUUGCUAUUGAUCGUGAAAAUAUUUUACAUGAUGCUAUGAAUUUAUUUCAUUAUCAUGCUAAAUUAAAAUCAAAAUUAGAAAUACAAUUUUUAAAUGAAGAAGGAACUGGUGAUGGACCAACAUUAGAAUUUUAUGCAUUAAUAUCAAAUGAUUUACAAAAAUAUAAUUUAGGUUUAUGGUGGAAUCAUGAUGAUUAUGAACAUCAUCAAACAGAUUAUGUUAGAAAAUUAGAAGGUCUUUUUCCAGCACCAUAUCCACAAGAUCAUCAACAAUUAAAUGAUGUUUGUAAUUAUUUUUCAUUAAUGGGUAUUUUAUUUGCUAAAUGUUUAUUAGAUAAAUAUUUAAUUGAUAUGCCAUUAUCAAUAUCAUUUUUUAAACUUUUAUGUAUGACAUCAAUAUCAAAUGAUAUAUGGUAUGAUGGUAUACUUGAUUUAAACGAUUUAAUUAUGAUUGAACCAUCACGAGGAAAAUUUUAUAAAAACCUUUUUGAAUUAAUUGAAAAACGAAAUAAAAUUCUUAAUGAUGAUAAUAAAACAAAUGAAGAAAAACAUAUUCAAUGUCAAUUAUUAAAAAUUGAAAAUGAUUUACAUGAACCUGUUGAUAUGGAACAUUUAUGUUUAACUUUUGUUUAUUCACCACCAUCGGAUACUUAUGGAUAUCGAUCAGUUGAAUUGAUUCCAAAUGGAUCACAUAUGGAUGUAACUAUUGACAAUGUUGAUCAAUAUCUCAAUCUAUCACUCCAAUUUAUUCUUCGUGAUGGUAUUCGACGUCAAAUGAAUGCAUUCCGAAAUGGAUUUAAUCAAGUAUUUUCUCUUGAUCAUUUACAAUGUUUUAAUCCACAUGAAUUACAAUUAGUUCUUUGUGGUAAUCAAUGGCCAUCAUGGACAUUAGAUGAUUUAUUGACAUAUAUUGAACCUAGUCAUGGAUUUACAAGAGAAAGUGCUGGAUUUACAAAAUUUCUUAAUGUAAUGUUAGCACUCGAUGGACUUGAACGUAAAUCUGUUGUUCAAUUUAUUACUGGUUGUUCAUCAUUACCACCAGGAGGUCUUGCUAAUCUUCGACCACGUUUAUCCGUAGCACGUAAAGUUGAAGCCGAUGAUAAUUCAUAUCCAUCCGUAAAUACUUGUUAUCAUUAUCUCAAAUUAGCGGAUUAUUCAAGCGAAGAAAUUCUUAAACUUCGUUUAAUGACAGCAUGUAAAGAACGAGGUUUUUAUUUCAAUUGA